AUGAUUAUACUGCCAAGGUUCAUCAAAUGUCUAUUAGUAAUCAAAUGGGCAUGGGCUAUGGAACAUUAUUUUGUUCAAGACUCAGACCAUAAUAUCGAUAUUAAGCCACUGCCAAGAUCACCCACGCUCACACCAAAUGCGUCCGAAAUUCUGAAGGUAGGACGUCGAGGUGCGAUAAGCUCCGACCUUGAGUUUUGCAAUAAUCUCGCAAUUGACAGUGUCUUCAAGAAGUUCGAAAAUGCGAAUGCGGCUGAUGCCGCUGUAACAGUAGCCCUCUGCUUGGGGAUGAUCAACUUCUUCUCAAGUGGUAUCGGAGGUGGUGGAUUUGCUAUAUAUGCAAGUGGCAAUAAGGGCCCUGAUACAGGAUCUCAUCUGUUUCUAGAUUUUCGUGAGCGUGCGCCGUAUUUGUCCCAUAAGAAUAUGUUUGAGAAUUCCCCAAAUUCCUCCCAGGUUGGAGGUCUGGCGGUCGGCGUACCAGGAGAACUACAGGGCUUGUAUGAGUUAUUCUCACUUCGGGGGAGUGGUGAAGCAAGUUGGGCUGACUUACUUGAGCCGGUAGCAGAGGUGGGCUUAAAGGGAUGGCCGGUUAAUGUGAUCCUAGCGGCAACUUUGAAAAUGUAUGAACCAUUCUUCCUCGAACAUGCUGAUGAUUGGUCCUUCGUUUUAACUGAUGACAAAUCUCGUGUCUUGAAAGAAGGCGAAACGAUAAGAAGACUUGGAUUAUCCAAAGUUCUCAUCGAACUUGCUCAGAACGGCACUGCAGCUCCAUUUUAUGAUCCAGACCAUUGGAUUGCCCAAUCUAUGGUGGCAAAAAUUCGCAAUAGUGGUGGCAUCAUGACAGCUGAAGACCUGGAAUCAUAUUUUGUCAACGUAUCGGAUCCGUUGACGACAAAAAUACGAUCUGGAUGGGAACACAUGCCAAAUAAUGAUUUAGAAGUUCUCACCAGUAGUGGUUCGAGUUCAGGAGCUGCGCUGAUAUCAGCUCUUGAUAUUAUGGAUCAUUUUUCCAACUAUGAGGGUGGUGAUUACUUACCAGAAGAAGCUUACAAACUUGUUGAAGCCAUGAAAUGGAUGUCCAGCGCAAAGAGUCGUCUGGGCGAUUAUUCUGACGUUGGGUACUUACCAGAACGUAUAUCCCAUGUGCUAGACUAUAACUGGACAAAAAAUGCAGUGGAUUUGAUAAAGUCACACUUACAAGACCUUAAAACUUUGCAAAACUGGACCGAUUACCAUCCUGCUUACGAGCUCACCGAACCUCACGGCACCACACAUUUUAGUGUCGUUGAUAGAUUCGAUAAUGCCGUUUCUCUGACAUCUACUAUAAACCUACUUUUCGGAUCAUUGGUUCACGAUCCACAUACAGGGGUUGUCUUCAACAAUCAAAUGGAUGAUUUCUCACAACCAGGAAGAUCCAAUGCAUUCGAUCUUGCUCCUUCUGUAUAUAAUUUUGCACAACCAGGUAAGAGGCCUUUAUCUUCUGCAGCACCGGUUGUUAUUCUUAAUGAGCUAGGGCAGCCUGAGUUAGUCAUUGGAGCUUCCGGAGGAUCAAGAAUAACUUCUGGAAUUCUUCAAGCUAUUGUCAGAAUUUACUGGUACAACAUGCCUCUGUUAGAGGCUAUUGCGUAUCCUAGGAUUCAUCAUCAGCUUCUCCCAGAUGUAGUCGAAGUUGAAAGUUUUAGCAUGCUGGGGAAAGCUACUGUUUCUGCGUUGAGAGACAUGGGACAUACACUUAAAGAACAACCGCCAAAGAAUGUUCUAAAUGCCAUACAAAGAUAUAGAGGAGAAUGGCAUGCGGUAAGUGAUUAUUGGAGAAAAAGAGGAAUUUCUGGUGUAUUUUAG